AUGAGCACAUUUGCUUCCAAGAGCGGGUUCAGUCCAAGUGUAGCUGUGCUGUCCAGUCAAGGAGCAGAGAAUGUGGCCAACCGAAACAACUUGUCCUUUGCGGAGAUGCUUGGGCCUUUCAGUUCCACAAAAGUGGAGUUCAAAGUAUGUUCGUCGUGCGAUUGUAAUCAUAGUUGUAUUUUUCGAAUUGCCAAAUACUAAUUUAUCUAUUCUAGGAUCCGAACGGACGACCCAGCUCUAUCACAUUGAGCGUAGACUUCCGAGACAUCAAAAGGGAUGGAUAUCUUCUCAGUUUAACAGUUUUGCCUUCCGUUUUACAAGAAGUAAGUUUUCAUUCUGUUAUUUCUGUACUUUAGGUUGUGAAAUUGAGUGUAAACAACAGCAAUACAGAUGUUUGGGACAGCUGUUUUGUUAACGCAUUCCAUUCUUGGUUCGAACCUGCAGAACAUGAUUUCUUGAAGGCGUAUUUGGCUUGUAUAUUCGUCGUUUCUUCAGAAGAUUCAAAUGCUUUGGUGGAAUUGGAUCAUAUGGUUAAUCAACAGAACCUGCAGCAGGUUUGUCUGGUAUCUAUAUUUUAACCGUUGAUCUAGCAAGGUUUAGAUUCAUCCCUGACAACGCCAGCUUUCUGCGCUCCUCCCAAAUGGUUUCUAAGCCAGAUUUUGAAGCAUUUUGUAGUUGUACAUGACAUGUCGCGUGGAAAUAAGGAGCAGUAAGCUUUUAUUAUCAAGAUUAUUGUUUUCUUAGAGCUGAGAGAUUAUCGAAAUCAAUAAAAGAAAGGUACGGCUCUUGCACUAUGCUCAAGAUCAACUCUGGGGAAAAUGUUAAUCUGCCUGAUGUUUGGAGAUAUGUGAACACACGAAGAGCCGGGCUGAAGACUGGAUUGGAAGUCGCAAGAAGAGAAAUACUAGCUAGUCGAGCAGCAAGCAAUGGAAGUGGUCCUGAACCGGUGAGCUUUAAGUGGAAUAUUUGCGUAAUAUUAGAUAAGGGUUUUUUAAAUCUUAAUUUUAGGAGUCAGUUGAUUUCAAGAUUGAAGUCUUUGGCCAGUGCUUAUCGCAAGAAGACCGUGAUCGAGUGGAGAGUUUUACGCAAGGAUUUAUAACCGAUGAUCUAGUGCCAUUUGUUUCCAAACAGAUGAAUAUAUUGAAUGAAGCCAUCGUAUCGAGAAGAGGGCUUGGAAAGUCGUUUACUAAUAUGAGAAAAUGGCUGAAUGUGGCGACGACAGCACAAACUUCUAGCACUACGGGUGUAAAGUAAGUGUAAUUGCCUAAGUUUUAUUUAUUUACUUUCCAGUACGCGUUUAUUCACUGUAAAAUAUUUUUAGUUAUGCCUCAGAGAGUACAGAAAUGCAAUCGAGACGUCUGGCUGAUCUCGCCUUUUUGUUUGGAGCAUAUCCAUUUGCAUUUCAACUUUAUCAGAGUUUAAAAAAGGACUUUCUCAACGAUCAAGCUUGGGUACAGCAUGCGGGUACCUUGGAAAUGGCUGCCAUUACUUCUUAUUUAUCUGGGGCUUCGAAUGGAAAGAACUUUCCAAUGCAUUAUAUCGAAAAUUCUCUGAAUUACUACAUCAAAACUAGCAGGUGAGUAUCAUUUUUUGGGUAUCGAAUUCUCAUGUUGAAGAACGUUUAUUUAUCUAAUUUUAGUAACCCAUUGCUCUUCUUUCGCUCAAUUAUGUUCUCAACUCGAUUAUUAGAAGAUUUGGGUCGGCCUCAAGAUGCUGCCAGCUUCCUAGCCCGGUUUAUUCCCUUGGCUUCAAUGAAUGAUCUUUUUGUCGCUGUCGCUACAGAGCAUUCGGCAACAUUAUAUGGCCGGGCGAGAUUGUUCCGAAAACAAUCAUUUCAACGUUUUCUGGCCGCUGAAUUGUAUUUGAUUGUUAAAUUGGAAGUUAUCGCGACCAGAUUAUUGGAAUCGGUAUUAACAGAAAUUGGAGAUAAAAGAUGGUGGUCCGCUGAAGAUUAUGUGCUAUUAGACUUGUCUAAACAGAUGACUGAGGACAAAGACAUUGCCAAGGAAUGUGCAGAAAAGUUGCUCAGAUCAGAGGACGCGAUCACAGACCGAGUUUUAUAUAAAUCUACAGAACAUUUUCUGAAUUUCCUCGAAACUUGUGGACCCAUGGGAAAAAUUGAUCUAAUUGUGCCGAAACUGGAAGUGAGCACACCUCAAAUCUAUUAUGUAAAUCAAGAUCUGUUGUCGAGAAAGGAAUAUGAAAAGGAAGAAUGGAAAACGUUGUAUGAGAAGGCGAUUACCUCUCUAAAACAACACAAUCCAGCCGUCAAACAUCCACUGGGCAUUCCGAAGGUCAUGAGAGUACCGGUAAACGAGCCGGUGUAUGUGAAAAUUGGAUUUGAAAAAGAAUUUAGCUUCCCGUUGGUAAUGGAAGGCUUGGCUUUGAAUGUAAAGGCAAGUGUUUGAUUCAAAUCUGAGAUUCUUUUGUUUUUAGUCUAAUGGAGAAGUGGAAUCUUUAACGAUUCCUAGAUACCGGCUGCCUGAAUACGGAGAGGAAACGCCGGGUUUGGACCAGGGGAAACAGGACGCGGCCGAUUACAUUACCUUCUAUUUUACUCCCAAAAGUGUGGAUAAUGUUUAUGAAAUUGAAUCUUUGGCUUGUCAGCUCUCUGAUAUUGAUAUGAAAGGAAGAGUUAGUGGCCAAAUCCCGCUUCAGAUCUAUGGAAAUAAGGAAAGAUUCAAAGUGAAAACGGACAAAUUGGUGUGGCCGCGUCUUUCAAUAUCAACUCCCAAUCAUACUUAUGAAGAAUAUCAGAAGAUGAGCUUGGAAUUGUAUUGUGGACAGGUGUAUAGAAAAGAGGUCGAGAUUGGAAAUCCAUCAGAAACUGCGGCUACAGUGACGGUGACAUCAGAGGCCAGAUGUAAAUUUGUAAUCACAAGUGAUGAUAAGGCUGUUGAUAAUGAUGGGGAUUGCUUCAAAGUGCUUCCAAGACAAAUUUUAAAGUAAGUUUUUUUUGGUGAACGUUUUGUACGACUAUUUCUUUGAUAUUUAUUUGAGCUUUUUUUCAGAUUAAAUAUCUUUAUCCUUGCUCCCAGGACAGCUGUAAAGUCGAAGCCAGUCAGAGUACUCCUGAGUUAUUGCUCUGCCCACGGUGCUAUCAGAAAUCAUCUAAUCGAAUUUUCGGUCACAACUACGCAUUUAUUAAAAACCAAUAUUCGAGUAAUCGACAGGAAGUCCGGGCUUUGCGCAUUGGUUGUCAAGAAUGAAGUUUCAAAGCGGAGUUUUGUUCAAAUUGAAGCCUUGAAGUUGUCCUUUAAAAGUAAUGACAAGAAGGUUGAAAGCCACGUGGGAUUGGAAAAAGUUUCGGAUAGGAAAAGUAAGAUUUUAAAUUUGUUAUUUUGUUGGUAUAGACAUGGUUCAAGAAUAAUUUGGAAUUAUUUCAGUCACACUGGAAGCAGAACAAGAAGAUACAUUCUGCUUCAAAAUCAAAGCUAACAAGUCGUCAUCGCCGGAAAUCAACUUCCAAGAAAUCCCUCAGGACGGGAAAAACUGGCCAACGUUUGAGGAUUCUACGGAGAAAUCAAUCUACUUUGAAUUACUUUGGAAGGCCAGGAAAACAGAUUUAAGCCAGACAAUCACGAAUUCGUAUGGAAGAACAAGAAUCCCCAAUCCGUUUAUUUCCUUAUCGUCAGAUGAAAAAGAGACUAUCACUGCAUUUGCUGGACCAAAACUACUCCUCAAAAAAAGUUUUGAAGAGAAAACAAGUGAUCUUCCAGGGCUGGAAGGGACUUUCAAACUAGCAGAAGGAGACAUUGAUGUGCUCUCCGAAGAAAUAUUACAGAAUCUUCAGAUCAAAGAGCCAAAAAUACCGUGGGCUCACAAAUACGCGGUUUCGUAA